CAAAUAGGGUGUGCCCAUCAGUGAGCCUCUUUACAUUAGGUGUCACCAUCAGAGUGCAACGUUACCUCAUGUAUUCCCAUCACAUCAGAAUGCCCCUUUACAUCAGGUAUCCCCAUUACAGUGCCACCUUACAUCAUGUAUUCCAGUCAGAGUGCCUCCUUACACUCAAAAUACCCCUUUCCAUCAUAUUUCCCCAUCAGAGUGCCCCCUUUUCAUCGCAUGUGUAAAUCAGAGUGCCCCUUUCCAUCACAUGUGCUCAUCAGAGUGCCCCUUUCCACAGUAUGUGCCCAUUUGUGCUCCCUAACAUAACAUGUGCCCAUCAGAGUGCCCCCUUAACAUAAAAGGUGCCUGUCAGAGUGCCCCUUAACAUAAAAUGUUCCCGUCAGAGUGCCCCUUAAUAUAA